GAAGUAUUUUGCUACAGGAUCUCAAAUGAGUCUGUGUAAUCGUUGAAAGUACAUGUUUACACUAGUUGAUAUGGCUUAGAUUUAUAUUAAUAAGUAAUAUCACUCGUGUUUUUAUCAAUUCAAUACCCCUUUCUGACUACUUAAUAGGACCUUUUCGUAAAUAUUUUAGUAAGUCUAGUUUCAAGAAGUCCCUGCUUGAAAAAUGUUGAUAAGGGCUUUUCAUAAAUUUCUGGAACAUUGGUGUUAUGAAAAAUAUGUUGACAUAAUAAACACAUAAGAGAACUUUUCAGUGGCUUUAUUUUAUUGCAAUGUAGCUGUUAUUGAAUCAUCUAAACCAUAAUUUUGAGUCAAGUAUCAUGAAUGGUUUGAGCAAUGGAACAGCUGAAAUUAAUGAAAAAUGUAAAGAUAAUGAUGAUAACUUACAACCAAGCACAUCUCAUGGUGGAAUAGUAGACAUGCCAAAAUGGAAUUUGUCUACUAGACAGUUGUAUGAAGAUAACUUAAAAUCAACUGGUAUGGCUCCUCAUACAGGUUUAUUUCAUCAUAUUCCAAGGGAGCGAGUCCCUUCAGUUGCUGAAUCGACAAGUAGUGACGACAGCUGUGUUUAUAUGUACAAAGGUGAUAAUGAAAAUAGGAAUGGCAAUGAUGCAAAUAAAAGUGCUGACUGUUCUUCUCCAGAAAUGGAUUAUUUGGAAAUGGAUUUUGAUCCUUGUCAGUCUAAUGGUCAGGAAUCAUCUGAUGGCUCCUAUAGUUGUGGAAAUGCUGAAAUAGCAAAAUUUGAUAAUGUAAAUGAAGUUGUUGAUGACACUUAUGAAGAUGUUGCCACAACUCCAAUUAAUUUUGAUGAUAAAUAUCCAUCCACAUCAUCUUGGGUUGAUGGAAUUAAUCCUGACAGUUUAGAACCUGUACCUUCAACAAGUAAUUAUCAGAAACCUGAAAUAAGAGAAAAUUGUGUUACUAAAAUUCAGAAUGCUGUUGUGGAAUGUAAACCAUAUACCACUAUAAAUGAAAAUGAUGAACAAGUAGAAGAGGCAGCCCCCGAGUUGUCUCAAAAAACAGUUUUGAUAAAACACAUUGCUGAUGCAACUGGGAAUAGUUGCUGUAUGUCCUCGAUCCUCCAAGCUGUUCACACAUUGUAUAGUAUGGAAAGUGCUGUGACAGAAGAAGAAAUAAGUAACAAAAUCUUAUCAAACCAUCAGAAUGAAUCAGAUUUGUCAAUCGUUGAGUAUUUGUAUCACAUUAGUAAAGGUGGUUUAACUGUUCCUGAAAUGAUGAAUGCCAUGGAUAAACUUUUUGAUGGUUUCAUCACAACAAGAUUUUUUUUAACACAGCCUCGUAGGAAAAUUAAUUUGUCUUCAUGGCUGCUUUAUUGGUUGAAAAAAGAUGUUGUGCCUAUUCUUAGCAUGAAUUUUCAUUUAACCGAAGAUGACUGUGGCAAUGCGGUGAAUACAUCAUGGCACUUUCAAGUAGUUCAUGCUGUUGGCCAGAAAGGCAUUCAUUUAUUUUCCCAAUUUGACUGUGUUUCUGAAGAAAUAAUUCUUAAAUUAUUAAAUAAUACAUCAGAAGUGUUGAUUUCUAGAGAUGAAGUUAUAAGUCGAUGGACACCUGAAAGUGAUCUCACUCAAUUGAUGACACCUCCUGACCAUUCUUGGAAAAAGUAUAAUGUCCUCGGUCAAAUUGUGAAUGUCAUCAGAGAAGGAAUUACUGGAAAAUCAGAAGAUGAAAUGAAACAUAUUAAAAUCCCUUCUCCUCAUCGAACUGGAAUAUUACUCUUGAUUCGAUCUGAUAACCCUCAUCGUAAAGAAUUAGUGGAAGCCAGUGAUCUUCCAUUAUAUGAAGACUUUCCAGAAGGUUUAAAACAUCAUUAGUUUCAAAUUGAAUCACGUAGCUGACAACUUGAAUCAUAAAUAUCAACUUCUGCUGGUUUCGGCAGUACUAGUUAAAAAGUAUUCAUAUUUUCACUUUAAGGUGAUGAAAAGAUUAAGAUUAAUCGUUAGUAUAACAUUUUAUUUAAUGAAUCAUUCAUUGCUAUUUUAAAGCGAAUUGCAUUUAAUAUGAUUGCUAUUAAGAGUUAAGUUUCUGAAGUUGAAAAUGUAUCCAUCUACACUACAUACAAUAUUGUGUUCCCUUAACUGUCUCUGUAAUGUUCAUAUUUUCAAGAUUUAAUAGAACAUCUUAAAAAUGUUCGAAAAUAUUAUAAAUAUAUAUAAAAAUAUAUUUAACACUUUUAAAAAAUUCUUUUUAAUGAUUUCUUUAUACAGUACAAUCUUGAUAGUCCAACAUUUCUUAAUCUGACAAAUUCGGUAAUCCAACUAGUUCAUUAGGUCAUUGGAAAAACAUUUUGACUGGUCAUAAUAGGGGAAGUGAAUGGAGGUGGGGUUAUUUUCUUGUCACAUGUUUGGCAUUUCUAGAUUUAAAUUUGUAAUAUUCAUAAUUUAUGGUUAUGUUUUAUUAAUAAAGAGUAUCAAUGAAGGAAAUUUAGCUUUACAUUAUUUUGGCCUUAUAUAGAAAGUAGUGGAUUAGUUAUUAAUGAAAUUGCUUUGCUUACAAUAGAUUCCUCCGUUUUUUUCUCCUCUUUCUGCUUGAUUUGAUUUACCAAUUUAUGAUGGAAAAUUUGACAUCAUUGUUGCAUUAAUACAGCAAGAUAUAGAAUUUAUACUAUUUUGGCCCAAUAUGGAGAUUAGUAAUGUCGGACUAUUGAAGGUGUAUUUAACAAGAAAUAAAUGUAAGAUCAUCCUACUACCUGUCAAAUUUAUUGACAAUAUAGCUUAUUCUUAAUCUUGCCCUCUUUUGCUGCGGAACUGUAUGAAGGAAAAAUCUUUUUGUCACCUUAAACAUAGGUUUUUGAUGUGCUAAAUUAAGCAUUAAUAUAUCAUUCAUAAUUAAUAUUCAACAAUAGUAAAUGUAAAAUAUUCUUUUAGUUUUUAAUUGAUUUAUUUUAUUUUUUUGUAAUAAUGAGCCUUUCAUUUUUGUGUGAAUUUUUUUUACUUAUUGUAAGGUGCCCCUAUCAACACAAGAAAAUGCAUUAUUUUUUUUAAAUGAUGAAUCAAUUUUUAAUACUUAAACCUACCUCUUAUUGAUUUAAUUUGACUACAUAGCCAAUAUAAAGAUAUUUCUUUUGACAUGUUGGCAAUCCUUUAUAUAAUUUUUUUUUUUUAAUGCUUUUGACAAAUCUGCAAUUUAUUUUUUAACAAUAGAAAAUAUAAAUCUUGAAAAUUUAAAAAAAUAGUAAUUGCACUAAUAUUGUGAACAUUUCCUAAAAUAAAGAAAAUCAGCUCUUUAUUAUGUAUAAUGUUUUAAGAUUAUAAUUUGUUUUCCAAAAUAACUAUAUGCAAUAACAUCUUAUUAAACUAAGUAGUUAAAAUUAGGCAUAGACUAUUCUUCAAGUUAUUUUUGUUUUGUUUUUAUUUAAAACAAUUACAUUAUUUAGUAUCACAAUACUUAUUAUCAACAUUAUAUAUGUAUCUUUUUAAAGCAAUCAAUGAUUUAAAUAAUUCAUUUGUGGUUCAGAGCUACAAAUUUAUUCUACAAGAAUCUGUAUGUAGUUUAUUAUUUAGCUGUGUUUGGAUAUGGGUGUAUCCAUAAAUGUUAUUUAUCUUUGUUUAUUUCUUCUAUAAAUGUAUGUGUAAACUAUGUAUAUACUGUAUGCAAGAAGUAUAUUGUUUAUUGUAUAUAGAAUGUUUAUGUGUAUUUUUUUUAUUUUUGUGUAUGUUACUUUUACUAACUGCUUGGAAAAUAUUGAAUAUUCAAAAAUAAUUGUCAGUAUUUUUAAAUUUUUUUUUUGUGGAUGUUUAUCAUACUUCACUAAUGUUUUUUUCUUCUGAUAACUUGAUGUUAUGAUACAAGUUAAUAGUUGUUUUCAUCAUGUCCAUAAAACUCUUGAGUUUUAUAUUUAUUCAGAUUAGACAUAACUCAUGUAUCAGAAUAUGUUGCUUUAAUACUUAAUUUUUUCACUAUUACAUAUUAUGUUUAUUGAUCUGAGUAUAGUUGUAUGUAUUCAUUUAUGCAUUAGUGGGACCAUAAUGUUAUGGAUAAGCAUACAAUUUAUGCAUAUUUGUUCUCUCUGUCUUAUAUGCUUUUUUUGUGUAGUAUUACUCAAUAUCUGUUAAUUAAAUUUAUAAUUAUUAUAGUUGUGUACCAAUCAAGGUUGUCCAACUUUAAGCAAUGCGAGAUUAUGUUCAGUUUUCCUCAUGUACAAGAAUACAUAUUUUUAUUUAGUAAGGUUAUUAUGUACAAAAGUAACAUCUGUUAUAUAGUUAAAUUAUUCUAACCAUAUUAUUUUGUCUAGUGUAGAAAGAUAUGUGUUUGAUUUUAUUAAUUGCCACCAAUAAGUUUUCUCUCUUAAUUUGAUUGAUUGUUUAAUUGGGUUGUUGACAUUGUGCAUGAUUAUUCCAUUAUAAAAAAAUAAUUUGGUGAUAAUAAUUGAAAUUAUGUCCAAUUACAAGUACCUCUAGGGAAAGCAAUGAGCAAUGACUUCAAUAAUGUCCCAAUUUAUAAAAUCAUGUUGUGAUAUAGUUACUUGUUUUGUUUAUUUAUCAUUGUUAAUUAUAUUCUGAAUUAGUUUAAGAUUUAUUUUCUCUAAGGAAUAUGAUUAUAAACAUUAAUAUCACUACAAAAUAUUUUUCUUGAACAGUAUUUUAAAUACACGACUUUGUAACAAAACCUGUACCAAUUAAAAUGUUAUCAUAAAUGUAUAUAAUAUAUAUGUUUCUAGUCUCAAAUUUAAAUAAUGCAUAUUGAAAUGUUACACGUUAAUAAAAAUUGAUAUUUAAACUA